GCAAAAACAGGAAGUGGGAUCGCAAACGAAGGAACCUGUCCGGCCGCAGGUGGGGACUACGAAGGCACUCAGCGAGUCCUCCGGUCAAACCGUGCUGCUGACCCUGGCUGUCGCCUCCCGAGAAAAGUCGUGGAAUCAUGUCGAAUAUGGAGAAACACCUAUUUAACUUGAAGUUUGCAGCAAAAGAACUUAAUAGGAAUGCCAAGAAAUGCGAUAAAGAAGAAAAGGCUGAAAAGGCCAAGAUUAAAAAGGCCAUUCAGAAAGGCAAUACAGAAGUUGCAAGAAUACAUGCUGAAAAUGCAAUCCGCCAGAAGAACCAAGCAAUUAAUUUUUUGAGAAUGAGUGCUAGAGUUGAUGCUGUGGCAGCCAGAGUUCAAACUGCAGUAACAAUGGGCAAGGUAACCAAGUCCAUGGCAGGUGUAGUUAAGUCUAUGGAUGCUACAUUGAGGAGUAUGAACCUUGAAAAGAUUUCUGCCCUGAUGGACAAAUUUGAACACCAGUUUGAAACACUGGAUGUUCAAACACAACAAAUGGAAGACACAAUGAGUAGCACUACAACCCUAACAACACCACAAAACCAAGUGGAUAUGCUGCUUCAGGAAAUGGCAGAUGAAGCUGGCCUUGAUCUCAAUAUGGAACUACCACAGGGUCAGACAGGAUCUGUCGGUACAAGUGUUGCUUCCACAGAACAGGAUGAACUAUCACAGAGACUUGCUCGUCUACGUGAUCAAGUGUAAUUUAAAGAACAAGUGCUUUUGUUUACAUCACCUGCUUCUGAAAUAUUUUGUGUGUAUAUAUAGAUAAGCUGUACUCCAGUUACACUAAGAACACCAUAUAUUAUAGAAUGCUUAAACACUAUUUAUAUAUAAUGCUUUCUUUUGCCAUGCUGAAGUUUCCAAUACUUUAAGAAAUUCCAGAGAGUUUCCACCUUGACAGAUUUUACAGUUUUGUAUAUUAUGUUGAAAAGUGUGAGUGACAUUUUUAUUUGUUGAUGUCUUAGCUUGUAUAUUAAACAUCGUCCUCAAAAAUUACAUAAAAAAUCUAGCACCAAAGUACUACAGAAAUAAAGUACUUUAUACAGAAUAACAUAUAGGAUAAAGGUUUGGUUUCUUUUAAAUUAAAUGUAGUUUUAAACCCCUGUCUGCAUUCACAUGUGAUGGAUAAAAAUAAAAGCAGGAAAAACAUGUUUACUUAAAAUGAUGACAUAGCCAAAAACACCUCAUUUAGUGUCAUACAAUGGACAGUGCUAUUUUUUGUGUUUUGUGCUUUGUGUUUGUUUUUGUUGUUCAAGCAGAAAUGCAGUUGACUUUUAAUCUGCUUUUAAAUUUUAAAUUAUUGAAAUUUUUACCCAAUAAUCUAAUGACUAUUUGAAUUCCUUAAAUUUAAAACAAUUUUUCAUUGAUAAUUUCCCAAUAUAACUAGAAAAAAAUCUACAACAUUAAAUCAGAGAAGUUAAGGUUUGCUCAUUUUUAAAUUUUUUUCUUUGCUAAAUAUCGCUGUUGUUAAGACUCAAGAGAAAUUUAACCUUUCAUACUUUCAAACAAAAUUUUAACACAUUUUUAAUGAUUCUGUUUCUACUCUACCCUUGUUACACUGUAUUUUAAAAGAUUAAUUUACGUGGACUUAAUAUCAUUUAGAUUUUCCAUAGGAAUGUUGUUUGCUUUUUGAGAAUCUUGGCCUACAUUUUUUUUUAAGCUGAGCCAUACUUCCACCUGUUGGCAGCUCAG